AUGUUAAAGUACAACUUUGAUAAAGUUAUGGAUGAUGUUCAGCUACUUGUAUCUCGAUUGCGUGCACGUGAAGAGUCAGUCGAUAUAUUAAGACAACAGCUAUGCAAAUUACAAGCACAGUUACUAAGUAUGAGACAGUGUCAAGAAACAAUUCUUGAGUUUGACGAAUUCUCCAAACGGGUCUCUAAUCAACCAAAAGGUCCACUGAUUAUCUGUCUUGCAGCUGAGAACAAACAAUUAGAACAGUUGAAAAUUGAGAAUAAAACAUUGAGAAAUUCCCUUGAUGAACAUCAAACUGCUUUAGAUAUGAUUAUGACUAAAUAUCGUGGACAAAUUUCUAAACUAAUGAGAACCUAUCAAGUUGAACAUCUUGUUCAAUCAGUUAUAAAUCCUGAUAAUAGCGAAAAUCGAUGUAUAAAAUCUUCUUACCCGGGUCCAAAAUCAGUUAAUACACGUUCAACUAAUUCCAUUGAUUCACAAUCUGUAUCACAAAAAUCAAAUUCAGGUAAAGUUGACGAGAUAACAGAUGGUAUAGGUCAAUCAUUAACUGAACAAUUUACUACGGUAGCUUCUAUUGUCCGUGACGUUACUGAUCGUGGUGAUGCGUAUGCUGCUGAAUUAGAAGAAGAAUUACAUCGAUUAAGAUCUGAAAAUGCCGGUCUUCGAGAAAUUUUAAUGAUAUCGUCUGAUUGUUGUCCUGAUACUAAUUCUAAUGAUUGUGUUCUUCCACCUGUAUCGUUACCAAAUAAAGAUUCUAUACAACAUGAAUCAUCUUCAUUAUCAUCUGUUCAGUCAGGACGAUUUCAUUUUCUUGAUGAAGAUUCUAGUUCAAUUCAUUUACCAGGUAUUGAUGAAUGCUUAAGUAGUGUUAAUGUCAACGAAGAUUCAUUUUUAUACAAUAUUCCUAAUCCUUCUGAUGAUAGCAGUAAUAGUGGUACAAUUAGUGGUAAUCAUUCAGAUGAGGAUAGUGAUGAAGAUGAUAAUACAGUUUAUGAGGUUGCUAUGAAUCAAAUGAUUAACUCUCUAUAA